AGAGGCACCUACAGAGCAUAGAACCAUUUGAUCGCAAGAGCUGACCAAGUGAAAGUGCAACGAAGAAGGAACCAUACACACAUGCGCACUCAAAAAAAGGACGCACUAUAAAUAUAUAGCGGGACCGAAUUCACUUCUUGGCUAGUGACCGAUCCAUCAGCAUGGGUACCAAGAGUCUUUGGCUGUGUUUUUUCCUGCUGGGCGCAGAGCCUAGGAAGAUUAUGCCGAUCUUCAAAACAGACGAACCAGUCUGUCCCGAAGGAAAACUCUCAUGCGGUAAUGGUGAGUGCGUGGAAAAGGAACUUUUCUGCAAUGGAAAACCCGACUGUAAAGAUGAAUCUGACGAAAAUGCUUGCUCUGUCGAGACUGACCCGAACCGAGCUCCAGAUUGCGACACCACCCAAUGCACGCUUCCCGACUGCUUCUGUUCAGCUGAUGGAACCCGAAUUCCUGGCGCUUUGGAACCCGCCAAUGUGCCCCAGAUGAUCACCAUCACCUUCAACGGCGCUGUUAAUGUGGACAACAUCGAUCUGUACGACGAAGUCUUCAACGGGCAAAGAGCCAACCCGAACGGGUGCCAAAUCAGAGGAACCUUCUUCGUGUCGCACAAGUACACCAACUAUUCAGCUGUGCAGGAGUUGCACAGGAAAGGCCAUGAGAUCGCCGUGUUUUCCUUGACGCACAAAGAGGACCCGAACUAUUGGUCGCAAGGCUCUUAUGAUGAUUGGCUGGCUGAAAUGGCUGGCGCUCGAUUGAUUAUCGAACGGUUUGCCAAUUUGAGUGAUGGUUCCAUUAUUGGGGUGCGAGCUCCGUACCUGCGAGUGGGAGGAAACCGGCAAUUUGAGAUGAUGGCCGAUCAGUUCUUUGUCUACGAUGCCUCCAUUACAGCCUCUUUGGGACGAGUCCCCAUCUGGCCCUACACUUUGUACUUCCGCAUGCCCCACAAAUGUAAUGGAAACGCCCACAAUUGCCCGUCCAGGUCCCAUCCAGUGUGGGAGAUUGUGAUGAACGAGCUGGAUAGGAGGGACGAUCCAACCUUCGAUGAAUCCCUGCCCGGUUGCCACAUGGUGGAUUCCUGCUCCAAUAUCCAGACUGGGGAUCAGUUUGCUCGCCUCCUGCGCCACAACUUCAACCGUCACUUCAACAGCAACCGCGCUCCUUUGGGGCUUCACUUCCACGCCUCCUGGCUGAAGAGCAAGAAGGAGUUCAAGGAGGAACUGAUCAAGUUUAUUGAAGAAAUGCUGGCUCGUAACGAUGUAUACUUCGUAACCAAUCUGCAGGUGGUUCAAUGGAUGCAAAACCCUACUGAACUCAAUGGGCUUCGCGACUUCCAAGAAUGGAAGGAGAAAUGUGAUAUCAAGGGCCAACCUUAUUGCUCUCUCCCCAAUUCUUGCGCCUUAAAUACCAGGGAACUGCCAGGAGAGACUCUCAGGCUGUUCACCUGCAUGGAGUGUCCCAACAACUAUCCCUGGAUCCUGGACCCUACUGGGGACGGAUUUUCAGUUAGGAAAUAGUUAUUUAUUUAAAUCACAAUCUACGAAAAGACUUUUGUAUAUAGUUGUAUGUUAAUUCUCUUCGGUUGGUGAGCGUUUAAAGUGGGUAGCUUGAACGUGUCGCGACAGUUCUUUCAACA